GAGAUUUCACGAUCAAGCUCUACUGCUCUAGUCUAGUGCGAUCACAUACUUCCGAUCCGUGAAGCAAUUUCUCCAGGCAAGGAAUAUUAAAGGAGGUUCAAAUUACAAUAAAUGUCAUUGUUGAACAAUGAAUCAGACUCUAGCACCGGAACAUCAAGCACAGAAUCCCUCUCACUUGUUAAAAAGCUACUCGAUGAGCCAUUGACAGAAGAUUCCUCUUGUGAUGAAUCAAAUAGCAAUUUAAUUGAAGCGUGUGCAAUUCAUGUUCCUGUGGUAAUUUCGACAUUGUCAGUGGAAAGAAAGCUUCCACAUGGCGGUUCAAAAUUCGGUAGAGUGUAUAUUCGACGUGAUAGAAAAAAGCGCCAUGAUAUAAUAUUUAGUGAUUAUUUCAAAGGUGAGCAGUCAAAGUAUACACCAGAUACAUUUCGGCGUCGGUUUCGAAUGGAUAUUAAUCUAUUCAAACGAAUUUUGCAAGCUGUUGAAGGUUAUGGAAAUUAUUUCACCCAAAAGGUGGAUGCAGCUGGAAAUAUGGGGUUGAGUCCUUUACAAAAAGUGGUAGCGGCCGUACGCAUGCUUGCAUAUGGAUGUUCAGCCGAUUCUCUUGAUGAAUACCUGCAAAUUGGAGAGAGCACUGCAAUCGAAAGUUUAAAGAAAUUUUGUGAUGCUAUAAUAGGAUUAUUUGAAGAACAAUAUUUAAGGAGACCAAAUAAAUCAGAUAUUAGCCUUUUAUUAGCAGAGGGAGAAUCUCGUGGAUUUCCAGGUAUGCUUGGUAGUUUAGAUUGCAUGCAUUGGCAUUGGGAAAAUUGCCCGACUGCAUGGCAUGGAACACAUACUAAUGGGUUUAAAAAAGUUCCAACUCUUAUUCUUGAGAUUGUAGCCGGACAUAAUUUAUGGAUUUGGCAUGCAUUCUUUGGCAUGGCGGGUACUAAUAAUGAUGUCAAUGUCCUUGAUAGAUCUCCCUUGUUUGACGAUAUUGUUAAUGAUGUUGCCCCGGCAUGUGAGUUCAUAGUAAAUGGUCAUCAAUAUAAUAUGGGGUAUUACUUAUCUGAUGGUAUUUAUCCCCAAUAUGCUACUUUAGUUCAAACAAUCUCACAACCAUGUUCUAUGAAGGAAAAGUUAUUUGCAAAACGGCAAGAAUCAGUACGAAAAGAUGUCGAACGAGCAUUUGGAGUGUUACAAAGUCGGUGGCGUAUAGUUAAAGGACCGGCACGUAUGUGGAGCGCAACAGAUUUGGGUAAAAUAAUGAAGACAUGCAUCAUUUUGCAUAAUAUGAUUAUUGAGGAUGAAAGUGGUCAUGGAAUCAACCCUGAAAAUUGGCAACCAGAGAAAGAGGAAGUUCUUCAAAAUGUUACUUUGGAGCAUGAUUUUACUUUUCUAAUGUCGAUGAUGAAUAUUCGAAUGAAAAAAGUACAAAGCAAAUCGACACAUAUAGACUUGAAGCGUGAUCUCAUCAACCAUUUGUGGGAACUAUAUGGCAGCAACCAAGUUGAUUGAUGAUCAGUCUUAUAUUUGAAUGUUUUGAUUAUUCAUUUCGUACUGCAUGGUUUUUAGUUUUUAGUUUUUUUAUUCUAUUAGAUGUUUUAAUUCAUACUCUGUUUAUGAUAAAAUGUGAAACAAUGGACAGAUUUUUUUAUAUAGUGAGCGUGCUUUAGUUAUAUACUUGGUUUGCUUCCUU